AUGACACUUGAAGAACUUAGACAAAAAUUGAUUGCAGAGCGACAAAGAGAAGAUGAAGAGUGUGCGAUUUUGAUACGACAGAAUGAUGAUUUAAGAGAAGAGAAUCUCAGAUUGCACGAACAAAGAUCAAGAACCAGCAGAAGUUCAUCAAGACAAAGUCGAUCAUAUCGAAGAGAUGCCAGGCGAGAGCAAACAUUAGAUAAUAUUGAUGAGAAUUUGCAAGAAGAUGAUAAUAUACAAGAUCAACGCGACGAGAGACGCACAGUAAAUGACCGAUACGAGCAGCCACAUGAGCAUCGUCGCAGACAAGAAGAUCAAAGGAUCAAUAGAAUUCAAGAUGCAACCGAACGUCAUCGUACUCAUUACGAAUCAGAUAAUGAUGGAGAACAUGAUCCGGAACAAAGGAGAAUUCUAUUACAUGGUAGACAAAUAUUGAGGGAUCAUUAUGCACGCGAACAAGAGGAAGAGAGAAACAACGAUGUUCGUGAACGUGCGAGAUUUGAACGUGAAAGACGUAGAAGACGAAGAGAAGAAACUGAAGAAAGAGAGAUUGAAGAGGCUAUACGUCAGAAUAAUCAUGAGAAUAGAUUAAGACAAGACAGAUUAAAAAGACCUAUGCAACAAGAUUUAGACCAAACUAUGAGCGAAGAAAUUCUCAGAGAAAUGGCUGAAUUGAGAGAAAAUGAUGACUACGCGAAAAAAUGGUGGAAGAAGGCAGUUAGAGGAAGCAGUAGAAGAAGCUGA